UGUUCGGUUAUUUGGCCAGCUCAAAAAUGACGAGUCAGUGUCAGUUUUUGUUGCAAUCGUAACGAACGUUACGAUCGAACCAAUCACUUCGGUUCGCAUCAACGUCCCUCGAUUCAUCGUCUAAUUUGCUGUGUGUUUUUCAAUAAUCCUUACGACAUUAUUCGCUCUUUUAUAUCGAAGCUCGAAUCACUGCUUUCCCAGUAAUCAAAUUAACUUGGCCUAGUGCAUGUCGCGCAAUCUUCCAUGCGAUUUCACAUAAUCGGGAACUGAGAUCAUCUCGUCGAGCACAUCUAGUAAAUUAAAUCCCCCAAGGAGAGACAGAAUCGCAAGAGGAGGAGAGAGAGGGCUGGGAGAUGGAGGGAUCCUCGAUGUCUCGGUGUGUCAACAAACUUCCUGCUGACUCUACUCUCAAUCGGAUGUUCGAGCCACGAGCGAUAAUUUCUCUGGUUGGAGGUUCCUGUCCACGGACCGAGCCGUGGGACCGUCAGGUCGCCGUCGCGAAGCGUAUGUUACCCGUCAAAUUUGAAGUUUCGCACAGUUCAGGAUCCGCAAGAAAAGUCGCCUCCGAGAAAUCCACCUCCGGAAACUCCUCCGCACCGAAGUGCUGGACCCACCAAGCUAUUUCUGCGUGUCCGACGAUUCCGAACGGUCAUCCCGAGGCGCUCAGGACUCACCGAAUGUUCCUACGUUUUCCAAUCUGACGGAUUUCCCACGAGGCGAAUGUCACGAAUGGCGAAUUUUCUUAAUUUCCCUCAAAACUAUUCAUUUGUUUCGUUUACUCCCUUCCAUGGAGUUCUUCCACAGCGCUCAUUAGAUUUACGAAAUACAAUUUUUCCAAAUCUUUGAAGCUCCCUUCUGAUCUUAACAACGAUUACGAAAUAGUUACGAAAUGAGUGUAAUCGCUCGCUAAAAUCCUGUAUCUCACGUCUAUCAUUUAUUCGACACGUACCGUUGUAUCUCAAUUCGAAAAUGCUGCACUCAAAUUGUUAAUAAGUUAGAAUUUCUCACGCAAAAAAUGAAGUGCGCCAGUGAAAUAUGCUUCGAAACAUUGUAGUUCGUAUAAGAGAAGAAUAAUAAGCAUCGCUGGUUCUGGGAGGAGCUUACAGGGUCGUUUAUUGCCACAGAAUAUAUCAUAUAUCUCGAUGUUAUUUCAUAACGACAAUUGGCAGUUACAGCUUCAACGCGUACCCGUUCAAUUAAACCUUUCUGGCUAUAUUUGCGUAUGGCAUCAAACGUUUGGUAUUUCCCCUUCCAAGUAAACGAGCAAGACACAAAA